CCAUCCGCCCACCAGCCCUCUCCUGGUGCCAAACGGGCGUCGUCUCUUCCCUUCGGCAAACAGUCUCUUCCUCAGCCUGGUGGCGGUCGCACAAGCCCUUCACAGUCCUUCGGUCACAUACAACCAAACAUGCCGGGUCGCAAUAAGGAGCUCGAGGCCGAGGUGAUGGCGUGGGUGGAGGCCGUCCUCGGCGAGAAGCUCCCCCCAGGCAACUUCGAGGACGUGUUCCGCGACGGCGUAAUCCUGUGCAACCUCAUCAACAAGCUGCAGCCCAACUCGGUCAAGAAGAUCCAGACCUCAGGCGGGUCCUUCAAGCUCAUGGAGAAUAUUCAGAGGUUCCAGGAAGCCGUGAAGAAGUACGGCGUCCCUCAUGAGGAGAUCUUCCAGACAGCUGAUUUGUUCGAGAGACGAAACAUUCCUCAAGUCGUCCUCUGCAUCUACUCGCUCGGCCGCCAGACGCAGAAGCACCCAGAGUACCAAGGGCCGACGCUGGGGCCCAAGAUGGCGGAGGAGCAGAAGCGGGACUGGGACGAGGACCAGCAGAGGCUGAUGCGCGACGGCCAGAUCGGGCUGCAGAUGGGUUACAACAAGGGGGCCAGCCAGGCGGGCUUGGGGGCCAUGAACCAGACGCGUCACAUGUAAGAUGGAGGAACGAAGGAAGGAAGGAAGGAAGGGCGCUCCAUUUCCUUACUUCGUACUUAUUUUCAUCGUCUUCGCUCUGUUUCUCCCUCCUGUGACGGUGGGGUUUUCGUUUACUUUUUUCUGCCUCCUUCCUCGCACCAUUUUCCUCCUUCCUUAGCUCUACCUCCUACUUUUCAUUUCGGGAUGUCUUUGUCUAUUUGUUCUGUCCUUCCUAAUCCUCCUUUGCGUCAUUUUCCCCCACACCCUCUCUACCUAUUCUUCUUCCUCCUCUCCCUCCCUCUUCCUUUGCCCCUUCCUCCGUUGGUCGUCCAGCCCCAAAAGCAUUUUCAUGGCACAGUCUCUCAAUAUUAUUAUUACCAUUAUUAUUUUUCAGAUUCCUCUGUAAAAUUUAUUUUCUUCUGGGAUUUGUCUUGGACAUUUUCCUUCAUUUGGUCCCCUUUUCGCCUUUCUUCUCCCUUCUUUCCAUCCACCCUUGUCUCUCAUUUGGACAUUUACCUUUUUUCUUCCGAUUUGAAAGCUGUAUAUUCUUGUGUAAAACGCUAAAUCUGCCUUUAUCUUCGUCAAUAAACUUUCACAUUAACU